CCGACCAUUCGAGCACCGCGAGGUUAUUAUGGACGAAACGGCCUUUGGGGAGGGUGUCGAACCCGUGGACCUUGAGGUCCGCGCCCAUGUGUACAGUUUGGUGACAGCGCUAGGAGGAUUCAAUGGCGAAGAUGCGGAUAAAUAUGUGCUGGGCGAUGAUGCCCUGGCAUGUCUGCGCGAUAUCAAACGCUGGCUAAGGCUUUACGAUCAAAAGAACAACCGGAUGGAUGUGGCACGAUGUCUGGGGGAAGCGAAUGUCGUUAACGGGGAUCUGCUACCUAUCCUGGCGGCUUGGUCGGAGAACGAGCGGAAAAGCAAGCAUCUGUUCAGGAUCGCAAUGGCAUGUUUGGAAUUACUGGUUCCUUUGACCUGGCCGUUAGAGAUACACGGCGAGACGACAGUCAAUCAUCAUCGACAUAUCCCUUACCUGCAACAAGCUCAGGUGUCUUACAAGCGGCGGUUCCUUAGCCAUUCAAGCUUGGACCUGUUACGGACCGUCAUCCGCAUUGGCCUCCCGAGUAUGGCAAUUCCGCGAUCUGAACGCACCGGCCGGGAUGAAGGCAUCCUGAGGAUAAUGCUGUAUUUUUUCCGAAACGUCGCCGUGAUUACACCAAAUGCCCGUCUUGCCGCAGAAGGCGAAGAGGAAGAAACAUCCAGAUCCGCGACUAUCAACGCCUUCCAGGACCAGGACGUCUUUGCCCUUCUACUCACCAUGUGCUCCAACAUCACCGACGACUUCAAUAUGUUCGACGUGAUUCUCCUGGAAACAUUGUUUCACAUCGUGAAGGGGGUCAAUGUGGACAAGCUCUUCAUGAAUGAUUCUCAGCGGACCGCCAAGCGCACGGAUGAGCUUGAUGGAUUGCUGCGGAAGGAGGACUCGCUGCGGAAAGAAUAUGCAAAAGGUGCACCGACUCGGCAUGGGCGCUUCGGGACGAUGAUUUGGGUCAAACGUGACGACGCCAAGGUGUCCACAGUGUCUGGACAGACUGUUCUCAAGGACGGCCAGACCACGCUCCACAAGAUGGAUCAGAGCAAGAAGUGGAAUAAACCCCAACCCCGUCGACGACAAGACCAUCCAUCCAUCAAAAACGAUUUCAGUACGCCGGUCCAUCUCAAUUCCGAGGCCUCGGAGAACCUGCGAAAGUUUGUCGAAGAGUUCCUGGAUUCCGGCUUCAACCCGCUGUUCACCAAUAUUAGAAAAGCCAUCGAACGCGAAGCUGAUCGUGUGCUGGAUGAGAACUCUCUCCAUUACUUCUACACCGUCUCGUGGUUUCUUGAAGCAGAGCGCACACGACGUCUCCGCAAGCGCCAGAGGCGCUCACAGGCUGGAAAGCCCAAGGAGACAGAGCCGGACAGCUUUGGUCUUGUUGCCAGUGUCCUCAACCAGGAGACGUUUGUCUUCUUGAACAGGUCAAUGCAAUGGAGUUUCGAUAACAAGGAUUGGGAGGGUCUCAACGCUGAAAUGCGAUGCUUCACCCAAAUCCUGUUGACUGUCCAGGAGAUGGCCUUGUCGCCUCUUGACGAGGACCAGGAGAUCGCCGAGAACAUCCAGAACCGGAUCUUCUACGAAGGGACGACACACGACCGCAUGGCUGCCAUCAUGCACAGGUACAAAGAUCAAGGCUUCGGCUAUCUGGAUGCAUGCACUGAGCUCUGCCAUGUCUUUUUGCGGAUGCUCGAGCGAUACUCCAAGGAGAACGCUGACAUGCAGGUCAAAGCCAAACAGCGGACAAGACGCAAGAAUAAACAGGCUGAAGCGACCGGUGACGAGAACAACGAGGAAGACAACGCAUCGGAAGAAGAGGACCACGCCGAAGCUGAAAGGGUCUCCAAGGAACGCAAGUUCGAUUACAGGAAAUUCGAGCAGAAAUUUUGCACGCAGGCUUGCGUCGACACCUUUGUGUCGUUCACGAAAUACUAUGGAGAAUUGACUGAGGAGCAGUUGAAACGCGCUCAUCGCUACUUUUACCGGGUGGCCUUCAAAAACGAGAAAAGCGUUUUGCUGUUCCGUGUGGAUAUCAUGAAUUUAUUUUACAGGAUGAUCAAGGGUCCUGGUGCCAUGGACUCCAGCCAACCGAUCUUUAAAGAAUGGGAGGAACUAGUCCGGCAGAUAAUCAGGCGCCUGAUGAAGAAGCUCGAGCAGCGCCCUGCGCUUAUCACUGAAAUGCUAUUCAGCAAGAUCAACUCGACUGCAUCCUAUCUUGAAUACGGACAUGAACGGCAGACGGUCUCGACAGCCAAAAAGUCUACCGUGGAACUUGAGGUGGAUCCAAAAGAAGGGUCAACACUUGAGCGAAAGAUCGCCAUUGUAGUGGCUGCCAUGGUCAAAGAUGACCAGAGUGCCCUGGUCAGAUGGGUUAGCGACGUCCAAGGAUCAGCGGCUGAAGAAAGGGAGGCCUGGGAAGCUCAAGAAACCGCUCGACGGGACGAAGACCCAACGGUAGCGAACACGUCAAACCCUCCCAUCGGUAUGUAUCUAUCAACGUCAAACCUCGGGACGACGCAUGUCGACAAGCCCUCAAAUCCAACGCCAAGUUACAAUGACCCGAGACCUCGCUGGGAGAUACCGUCGACCAUGAACUCCAAGGAGAUCGGUGAGAUAAAAAGCAUCGUCGAUCAAAAUCUCGCCAGCCCGAUUGCGGAAGAUACCGACCCCCGCGAGCUGCUCCGACGCAAAUUCAACCACGAAGGCAACAAGAGCGGCGGCCUUCAAACCACGCUCGAUGUCAAUUUCGGCUCCGAAUCAGAGGGCGAGGAAGUUCCCGACGGGCCUUUGUUUCCGCCGAACCCGCGGUCCAAGGCCAGCGCGCUGGAUGAAUUGAAGAAGAAACGCAAGAAGCGCAGCAAAGAGAAUCAGGACGAAGUCGACGAAGCCGUCCUUGAAGAGCGCCGCAAGGUCCGUUCAGAGGCGACCCGUGAACGCAUUGCAAAGAUCAAGAGUGAUCUCUUUGUCCACGCAAGCGACGAGGAGAGCGACGAGGACGGAGAUGAAGAGUUCUUCCGUCUCGAGGAACAACGACGUAAAGCUCAGUCGGAGAGAAUCAAGAAAGCUUUGCUUACAGGUCGGGUGGAGGGAGAAGACAGUGCCGGCCUUAAAGGGCGAGGCGGACGCAAGCGUCAAAGCGAUGUGUCCAAGUCGAAGAACACAACAUCCCAGAGCAAACGACAACGGCGCAAGAACCCGAUUGCUGAAUCCGACGAUGACGAUACCGUCAUGGUUGACGACGAUGUUCUGGCAUCUGCACUGCCCCAGACUACGACCGACAAUGAGAUGGAAGACCGCGCAAGUACACCUCCCCGGUCAAUGGAUGAUGAUCUCAACUUUGACGACGACCUGGCAUUCAGCCGGGAUCAUGAAAGAAACCGGGGACUGUCUGAUUUGGAGUCCCCCGAUCCAACUAGGCCCGAUGCCAGCGCUGAAGCCGGGAACGAUGAGGACGAAGAGGUACCAGUCGCCGCACCGUCUCGAAGAAGAAUGCGUGCUGGGUUCGUAAUCGACAGUGAUUCAGAGUAAGAUGGAUUUGAUCAUGUAUGGAAUGAUGACUUGAUGAGGUAUUUGGCGUUUAACGUGUAUAUAGAUAGCCAAGGCAUGGAUUCUUCUUUAUUCAUCUAUUAAUAUUGAUCAU